AUGCGAUGUAAUUGUGCAAUACUGUCUCCUAAUGUUGCGUCUUUUGUGGAUGCCAAACCAUUUUCGCUACCGUUUUGUCGACAGGCAAAAAACAGCACUUCGAUAAACGCAGAGGUUAUCAAUUCUUGGUGGCAGGUUGAGAGAAUGUUCGAUUUUGAAAAUAUUGGUUUUACACAUGCUCGCGAUGGUGUCAAAUAUUUGAUAUGCGCGAAUUGUGAAGAUGGCCCUGUAGGCUAUCUAUGUCCGGUGACCAAAGCGCACUUUGUUGCUGUAUGUCGUGUCAAACAAGAAUAA